AUGGCGUCAUCAUUAUCAAAUGUUAAACAAUCAUGUGUAAAAUGUGAUAAAGGUGGUGGUAUAGCUAUAUGUUCUGGAUGUCAACAACAAUUUUGUGUUAAACAUUUUGUCGAACAUCGACAAGACCUUGCAAUACAAAUGGAUAAUAUUGGACAACAACAUGAUCUACUUCGACGUGAUUUAUUGAAAGAAAGUUCAGAAUAUCCAUUUCUUACUCGUAUUGAUAUAUGGGAACAAGAAUCAAUUACAAAAAUUCAAGUGGCUGCCGAAGUAGCACGAGUUGAUCUUCGAGAAUUAAUUGAUCGAACAAAAAAUGAAUUGAAAGUAUCAAUAGAUAAAAUGACUAGUGAAAUUCAAUCAAGUCAAGAAUCAGAUGAUUAUACAGAAAUUGAUCUUAAAAAAUGGUUGCAUAAAUUACAAGAAUUUCAAAUGAAACUUGAAACACCAGUAAAUGUAGAUAUUCUACUUGAUAAUCAUUCACAAACAUCAAUUGAUUUGAUUAGAAUUAAUCCUCAAUUAUAUUCUUUUCCUCGAAUAUAUUCAUCGUUAGAACAUAGUUUACCAGUUUCUGACAAUUUAAAUUUAACUUAUACACAAGAAAGAUUUGAUAAGUUUUAUGGACCAGUUAUUUUAUCAGAAAAAGGUCUUGCUGCUAAAAAUAUUAGUGAUGAUUAUUCAAGAAUAUGUGGUAUUACUCAAUAUUCAUCUGGUGUACAUCGUAUUCAUUUUCGAAUCGGUGAACGUACAAAUUCUUGUCCUUUUCUAGGUAUUAUUUCAUCAUUAGAAGGAUUAAGUCUAAGAAAAAUUACAUUACCAUCAGCAAAUGGAUGGUCUGAUUUAGAUUAUGUUGUUCUUAAUGGUAAAAGUCUAAGUACAAGUAUCUCAAAUAAAACUAUUCAAUCAGGUGAUGAAGUAACAUUAAUAUUAGAUUGUGAUAAUCGAGAAAUUUUACUUGAACAUCAUCGAACAAAUAGACUUGUUCGUCAAUCAAUUGAUAUUCAAGAAUGUCCAUUUCCAUGGAAAAUACUUGUGGCAUUAUCACCUCGAAAUGGAUCUAUACGUGUUCUUUGUUAA